CAUCACGUGUACGGAGAGGCUUACAUUGCAGAAAAUUAUGGGGAUUAACUUUCAAAAACGAAAGAAUUAUAUUGCGUAAAAACAUUUGCGAAAAUGUUUUUUGUACGUACAUCGUGUAAUCUAGAAAUGCCAUGUACAGUUUAUACAUCCUACACAUUAUAUCACUUCAAUGAUAAAAAAUAAUAUUGUCCCGCUUCGGGAUUGAUUCUGGCAAACUGUGUAUUGUGCACUGGUCUAGCCGCGUCUCUUGUCCGCACGCCGGAGAAACGCGCGUGCUCCGCUAUCGACCAGGAAUUCUGGUCCUCCUCCACGUCUCGUCACUUCUCGCCCAGUCUCGGUCCGCCGCGGCGUCCGCACGCACUCUCGGCUAAAUCCCAGCUUGCCGGGGCGCGGCAACGCCUGCCGAAGCAUCCCCGAGGAUCGGUCGUUGAACGUGUGUACGCUUCCAUCCCCGCGUACUCUGAUGACAGACCGGACAUCGGCGCGAAGAUGACGAGGAAGACGAGACUAACGGAUCGGUAGCUAAAAAACAAUCAAUCUGUAUAUUUUCCCGAAGAAGACGAGGAGCACGCAUCCUGCCAAUGUUUGCGUUUGUAUUCGCGCAUCUCCGAGAGUGCGGAUUCUGUAUGGGAUAAGUGCGGCCGAGGAAUAUAUCGUCGACGGUAUUAAUUAAGGAAACAAGAUAUUAGAGCAGCGUAACGACAGUGUCUCGCCGCUGCGAAACUUGAAAUUGCACUAUAAGAAGAAAUUUUAGAGAUUCUAUCUGCUGUGUUGUUAUUGAAAAAAAAAGUAUUGCUGAAUCAUAAUACAUAAUGUUCAUCAUUUUACAUCAUGUUCAAGCAUUUCGCGCGUUAUAUCUGCGAAAUCAUAGUAGAUACCUAAAAACAGCUGUUUGAGAGAUUCAUCUCUUCAAGUUCACAUGCGCAAGGACGCAAGAUUCGACCGAAUGAAUGCAAUCGAUGGAUGCACCUUCUCUGGAGAUGUAUACAUUAUUAAACAUAAUAUACAACCAAGUAGAUCUAGGAAGAAAAAAAUGAGCAAAACACUAAAUGGGACGAAGAAGAGGUAGAAGAGAUAGUUCUGAGGAUCCACUCAUUAGAUUAUCGCGUAAAUACGUCGUAGUUAGUUAUCUUUGGGAAGAGUUAAGGCGGUGCAAACAGUUACUUACAGUUUAAAGGAGCCCCGUUCCACCCACUUCAUGAGCUCGAACAGGCCUGAUCCGGAUUAUCAUCAGUGACCAGUCAUUUUUUAUUAUACAUAUCGAUGAAAAGAUACGACAAUACGUAUAAUAUUCAACAUCUCUAGAAAAAGGAAAUGUUUCACAGACUGACGAUCAAGAGGUAGAUGUAUGGACCUAAAGAUCGAAGAACUAAGAAGUUCGAUCGAAACAGCGUGUCGAGCGAACGUAAUUUUGAUUCGAAUAUUAAAAACAAGAAUCGAUCAGCAUCUCGGAAGAGCAAGCCUUUGCUGCCUGUGCAAAGGUUAUCGCUUAACAUACGUGUCAAAUCGAGAAAUAGGAAACAAGUCGUGGUGGCGAUUAAACCGAAACGCCCCUUAAAUGAGUGUAACGAUAUAUUAUUAUAUAUAUAUGCCGGCGCAGAAUGGCAGCGACGCUCCGCAGUCAACGUUCCACAAGUCUUCCAGGUCCGUGCAACGGCCGCUAAAUUAAAACUAAAUUAAAACGUGUAACGUCAACGUCAGGGGGCUCAGAUCGCAUAGUGAAACAAUCGCGCUCGUAAAUCUCAUUAAUCUCCUUCACAAUCUCUCAAAUAAUCGUCACUAUGAAAAUUCAUGGACCACACAAACAUAUCGCGACACCAUAGAAGAAAUGUGAGUCUAAUGAGAAGAAGAGAAACAUAACGAAAAGAGCGAGAGACACACACACACACACACACCUUUUGCCAAUCUUCCGUUCACUUAGAAUACUUAGAUAGACAAUCAUUGAGAGAAAAGAAUUCGAUUGCAGUAUAGACAUGUUUGCGCAUUUUGAGUUUUGAUGUGCGUGCUACGCUACGGGCUAACAUCCUACACACGUUGCGCUAUACGUUCGAUGUAAUUUAUUCAUGCGCUUUCUAUUGCGAAUUCUAUUGCGACGUUCAUGAGCUUCGCAAUGCGUAAUCGUGUCUACGGAAGGAUUGAGAACGAUAUACACAAGGAAAUAAAAAGAAACUCUUUUUGAUCAUUGCAAGAGUGAUGGAAAAAAGAAGGACCAAGACUGCUCAAUUUAAUUCUAUCUCCUAAGCUGCCGUUAUUUGUGAAAAAAAAAUUUCCACGCAACAAUGGCAAACAAAAAAUGUAGCAUAACGAUAUAAUUAAUAAUAUAUUUCCCUUUUGUAUUAUAAACGAAGAAAUACGGAGCCCAAAUUUUAAACCGCGAGUUCUAAUUUAGGCCAAGCGAGACAGAUGUCUAAACCGCAAAUGAUAUCGGUGUCCUGUUAUCGCUGUCGUACAAAUAAACGCACUGGACAUAAUGUAUAUACUAAUCGUGCAAUUCUACCUUACGAAAGUGUUUGACGCAUGCAACCGCUCUGUUAUGCGUGAUCAUCACUCUUUCGAGGAGGCACUGUUUCGCGGCGGCAAAAAAGCUGUUGACGAUGAGUGUGAAUCUACCACGGCAUUAAUCAAAACUAAAAUACAAAAGAGAGGUCUGCGAUUACGAAGAUGGCUAAUCGCGCUACUAGUUUUUCUAUUAACGUCGCUUCUCAUUAUCAACAGCUACAACACCGGUCAAUUUCGGAUUAUCCGAUUCGGAGCAAUGGCCAAACCAACUGCUCAGGAUGUAACAUCCCAGGAAUAUGUAUCGACAGCGUCGAACGUAUACACGCCGAUAGGCAACGGUGGCUUUCUAGUUCGCAACAAAGGAUGUCGGUUACCAGCAAUGGAUCCUUUCGAUCCUGCAGUUCGACGUUUCAUAACAAAAGAUGUGUUCGAAUGCGAGUAUGGAAAUUUUCCACCAUUGAUUGAAUCGAACAAUACCGCGCUAUUCGUUAACCCGCUGGCGUGGAACGAAUUUUAUAACAGCCCGGACGGCAUAAGUUGCUGCUGGCGACCGUUUUGGCGAACAAAAGAUAAUGACAAUACUGUUACGUAUGACACGCAGUGCUAUCCUUUCCAAGAUUCUUGCACUAUAAAUGCCGAAUUCGUGAAGGUUGAAUGUUAUCAAAACAACGAAGUAGUGUACAAGGAUUAUUACGCUUUCCUACCUCGUAAGCCUUCGGUAGAGGAAAGAUGCAAACAGGCGCUGAGGACGGAUCUGUUCCUCGACGAUCGUCUCAGCGUUCUCGUUGUCGGGCUCGACUCGGUCUCCAGGAUGAACUUUCACAGGAUGAUGCCGAAGACCGUGAAGUCGCUUCAGUCCCUCGGCGCCGUGGAGAUGUUGGGCUACACCAAGGUCGCCGAUAACACAUACCCGAAUCUCGUCCCGGUGCUGAGUGGUCUGAAUCAGGACGAGUUGCGGGACCUGUGUUGGCAGAUGCCCAACAAAACUUUCGACGAAUGCCCGCUCUUGUGGAAGAGGUACAGCGCCGCUGGUUACCGCACGGUGUUCGGCGAGGACGCUUACAGCAUGACCACGUUCAACUACUUGAAGCCGGGAUUCCGCGAGCAACCGACGGACUACUAUCUGAGACCGUAUUGCAUCGGCGCCGAGAACGACAUCGGCAACACCCACAAGCUGAACGCCAAUCUCUGCCUCGGUACCCGGAAGACGUUCGACUGCAUGCUGGACUACACCCGCAAAACGGCGAUCGAGUUCUCCACGGAGCUCUACUUCGCCUUCAUCUGGCAAGCGAGUCUCACCCACGAUUACUUCACGUAUCCCCAGCUGGGCGACGACUCCUACCACGAGUUCGUCGAGUACGCGUCGCGGGAGGGUCUGCUGAAUCGCACAGCCCUGAUUCUGAUGAGCGAUCACGGUAUGAGAUGGGGCGACUUCCGGCAGACGUAUCAGGGGAAAAUCGAGGACAGUCUACCCUUCGUCUUCAUCGUCCUGCCGAGAUGGUGGCGCGAGAAGUUCCCGCUGGCUUGGGGCAACUUGCGGAGGAACAGCCACAGCCUCACGACGCCCUUCGAUCUUCACGAGACGUUGACGGAUCUGCUGAGCCCGGAGCUUCUGCGCGAGUCGGUUCUCAAGAGGCGCAUCAAGAAUCAAGCCGCGUUGCCCGUCCCACGUGGCAUCAGUUGGUUCCUACCGGUACCGGACAUUCGUACCUGCGAAAUGGCACACAUAGCGAAUCACUGGUGCAUGUGUCACACCAGUAACGCGGUCGCGUGGAACGAUACCGGCCUGCAGGACAGCGUGUCGUUCCUCGUGAGAGAGCUGAACGACAUGUUGAGCAGGUAUCCGAUGUGCGCGACCUUGAACCUGAAGAUGAUCAAGGACGCGAAGAUGUGGCAGGAUAAGACAGACGGGGCGACGCUGGUGGACUACACGGUGACCGUACAAACCACGCCGGGCGACGCGAUCUUCGAGGGUACGGUUCGCUACAAAGCGGACGACAACAGCCGCAAAUUGGCCGGCUCUGUCAGCAGGUUGAACGCUUACGGCACCCAGAGUGCCUGCGUUGACGAGUUCAACAUGCGUCUGUAUUGUUAUUGUCUCUGAGGUAUGACAUAUCCGAUAGACUGCUCGAGUGAUCAACCUUUUGUAUCUAAUAAUUUAAAUCGAAGCUUGGAGUAAAACAUCCAGACAACGUGCGCGUUUAAAAGACACCCUCGAAAUGUCUUUUAGACGUGGCUUGUCUGGUAACCCCCCACUCCUCUUCUUCCUAGAGUUGGGGUUCAGUUCGAUUAGAUUUCAUUCAAUGGGUUCGGAAGAACCGUCACAGUGUCUCGACAAAUUCCAUAUUUCGUAGGAUAUUGCCACUUCUGUAUUAUUUCCAGGAAAUGAACAACGUUUUUAUAUGUAGGUACAGUUAAAUAAAAUGGCUUGAGUGAUAUCGAGCACCGCGCAAGUCCAUAUUUUCGAGAAUAUCGUAUUUAUGGAGCCUUUAUCAUGUAUCGUGAAUAUUUAUUUAUACAUAUAUUCUUCCAUAUAGCUCUUCGAUUAAUCUAAUCAGGCAAUAAUAGAGAUAUUUACAUUAAAGGGCAGUCUAUCUUGUGUGCAAAACAUUUUUACAAUUUUUUAAAAGAAAAAAAUUAAUGCUUUUGCGCGAUUCCUAACUUUUACAUACGUAUUUAUUAUUACUAUUUUGAGAAUAUAUUUGAAUUUUUAUAGGUCAUGAAUUUUAUAGACGUCAUAAACAUAAUUAUUAUUUUUUGUUUCAAUUCAACGAUGUUGAAGCUUUGCAAAAAAUAUCCUGUCUUCCUGGCACGAGUGAUAAUGACUUCAAUAUUUGAUUCCGAAAAUAGAUAUUUUCGAGCGAUUUAUGCUAACAUUGUAUUGUGAGUAACAGAAUGAUAAUUCGAGAUAUUUGAAGCAAAAAAAAGGAACCAAAUGUUUACUUGAGCUCCUCUCGUUCGGGCAAGAUAAUAAAAAAUUUCUCAAAUUAAGAUAUUAUUAAAUUUCAAUUUAUGAUUUUAACAUUUUUAUUUUUAAUGCAUUUUUAGCAAUUUUUAAUAAAAAUUGCGUUUUUUUUUAAAACAGAAAUAAAAAGAAGAACGACUUUGUAAAUGAUAAGAUUCUAUUAUCAAAGAAAAUAUGUAACAAUGUGCCUAAUUUUCCUAAUAUUUCCACUUUGCAAAAAAUUAUUAUUUCAUUAGAAAGUUUUUAUUUUCAGUAGAACUCGCAGAAUGUUUCGUAAUAUUUGAUAAUAAAAUAAAAAAAUUAUGAAAAAUAAAACUAUAAAACUAUAAAAUUCUAUGCGCUCAUCUGUAUUUUCAUUAACUCUUCGAAUUUUGACUUAAAUCUUUAAGAGUAUACUUUUAGAACUUUAAAUUUCUAAACAAAAUUAAUUAAUAUUAAAAAGAGACUAACUUUUUACCCUCCAAGAUAGACUACUUCCUUGAUGUAGAAUUAUCUAAACGCUCGCUUUGUAUCUCUUUCUUAUUGCGCGCGUUCCUCUCUUCGUUCACUUGCUUGUUUGCUUGCGUCGAGCAAAACAGCUUUGCACUCGAUAAAAAAAUAUAUAUAUUUCAUCUACUAUAAUUUGUAUCAAAAUGACCUAUACUCGUAAUGCGGACUGUUUCGUCAGUUUUUCUUAAGGCUAACAAUAAGCCAAUAAACUUUUAAUAACUGUAAGCUUGAUAUGUAAUGACAUAUAUUACGGCGGGCAAUUCAGUGACCAAUCCGCCGACUCUCUAUAUACAAAUAAAGAUAUUUUACUAUUUUUUUUAUGAGUGUAUUUCAUCAAACCAUUCUUUCACACGGUUACGGCUGAAAGUUAAUUAUUAAGACAUAUUAUACACUCGUUUGAUCACCGUAAUUAUUUCGAAUGUUUCUGCAGAUUUUAUACCCAAAAGUGAGCAAUGUAGCCUACUCUAUGACAAUAUUUAUAAAACGUAUGUUUCAUUAGAACACAUUCUACAACUUGUAUUUAUUUCUGAUUUACUCUCGAAUUUCUGAUCCAGGAAAAAAUAAUAUAUCCUUAUUUUUUGUAAUAAUUUUAUAAUAGACUUUACUUAUAUCAAUACUAUAAUAAAUUACACGUACAAGAUAUUACCACUUAAAAUGCAUAGAUAUAUUUGAAUUAAAAAAUUGGCUACAAAUGUAUCGUAUGUUUAUUAAUCUUAUUAUGGUACUAUAUUCAUUAUAUAUUUUGCUGAUGUUCAUAUUCAAAAUUUCUUUGCAGUUGCAAAGAAAUCUCAUGUGCUUAUGCCAUUGUAGGAUGUCUGCUUUUUAUAUUAUUAAUAACACCAACAAGAUACUAUUAAAAACCGACAAUUUUAUAUUUAGCGUGACUGUUUAGCAAUUGCUAAAAUUUAAGCAAUUAGUCAAUAUGUUAAUUUUAUGGUUUGUUAUUAGACCAAUGUUUUUUAAACGUGUACACAUAUACUUACAACUUGCUAAUAGUUAAUUUUAUUUAACACUGUAUUUUUAUGAUUGCCAUCCGUGUUUGAUUAUCCAUAAAAAUGAUA